AUGUUUGGAAUUAAAUUAACUAUUGAAUUUGAUGUUGAACUUUAUUUUACACCUAAUAAUAUUUUAUUAUUAUUAGGAUAUUUAAAUGUUAUUGAUACACCAAAAGAUCUUAUUCUUUUGAGAUUAAUAAAUAAAAAAUUUGUUAUUCAACAAAUUACUAAUGGACAUAAUACAUUUCAAUAUCAUUUUACUGAUGAAGUUUCUUUUUCAAAAUAUAAAGUAAGAAUGAAAAAUAUAAUCUUAUUAACUUCGACGACAAAAAAGUCGAGUCUCAGUCAUGAAGAUGAGGACUACCUUAAAGAUUAUAGUUAAAUAUUCUAUGAUUUUAAGUGAGUUAUAUCAAUAAGAAGUGCAUUUUAUAGAUAUUGUUGUUGUUUGUUUCUCGUUGAUCAUUUUCUGCUUUUUUUUUUCAUUCCGAAAUUUCAAAGUCUUUUUGGAUGGAUGAAAAAAAAAGUGUUCUGUGCCCUUAUCUAAUUGAUUACUCAUACAUUUGUUUUAUUAACUAGCUUUUCAAAGCAAACGUUAACAAAUACUUUGGACUUCUAUUUUUAAUAAAGUUAAGAAAAAAAUUCAAUAAGUCUACCCUUAAAAUGAUAGAAUGUUAAUUAGCUAUUAACUGUAAUACCUGCAAAGAUACCCAGGUCAAUGACGCUCGGCAGUAAACGGCCGUUCACCAACUAAAUACGUCAAAAAACGGUAACUUUUUACGCUCGUCGUAAACAGCAGCUGUACACGAUGAUUUACGGCAUAUUACGACAACCGUACACAGUAACCGUAAA